UUUACUUCACCUCUUCUUGAAACGAGAAAACUUCCGCACUUUACAGCUCAUCUGUUUGACGCAUUUAAAAAUGGGCGCUUGUAUGGCUUUGUGCUCUCUGGCAAACUGCGCAUCUUGUUUGUGCGGCUCUGCUCCAUGCCUGUUAUCAGGAUGUUGCCCCUCCACUUACAACUCCACCAUCACUCGCCUGGCUUUCUCCUUCUUCCUACUGCUUGGCACAAUUGUGUCCAUCAUCAUGAUCCUGCCUGGAAUGGAGUCUUACUUGGAAAAGAUACCUGGAUUUUGUGAAAACGGCAUGUCCAUACCUGGCUUUGAAGGAAAGGUAAAUUGUGAGGUAAUUGUCGGCUAUAAAUCGGUGUACAGGAUGUGUUUUUCUCUGGCCUGCUUUUUUUUCCUCUUCUCCAUCAUCAUGAUCCGAGUGCGUAGCAGCAAGGAUCGACGGGCCUCAAUUCAGAAUGGAUUCUGGUUCUUUAAAUUCUUGAUACUGGUUGGAAUAACUGUAGGAGCUUUCUACAUUCCAGAUGGCACAUUUAACACAGUGUGGUACUAUUUUGGUGUGGUUGGUUCCUUUAUCUUCAUCCUAAUGCAGCUGAUUUUACUGGUGGACUUUGCUCACACAUGGAACCAGAACUGGUUGGAAAAUGCUGAGAAUGGCAACGGAAAGUGCUGGUAUGCAGCUCUGUUGUUCUUCACAUGUGUUCUCUAUGCAUGUGCUUUUGUUGCGAUGGUGCUGUCCUAUGUGUACUACACCCAGCCUGAUAACUGUGCUGAACACAAAGUAUUCAUCAGCCUGAACUUUAUCUUCUGCAUCAUAGUGUCUGUGGUCUCGAUUCUACCAAAAGUACAGGAUGCUCAGCCUGGCUCAGGACUGCUGCAGUCCUCUCUCAUCUCUCUGUAUACCAUGUAUCUCACCUGGUCUGCUAUGAGCAACAACCCCAACCGGAAAUGUAACCCCAGCCUGCUAAAACUGGUUACCAAUACCCCCACCACCACUGCCGCCCCAUCUCCCACCAUCCCCCUUGGGCAAGUCCAGUGGUGGGAUGCGCAAGGAAUUGUGGGAUUGGUCAUCUUCCUUUUUUGCACACUGUAUGCCAGUAUCCGAUCAUCCAAUAACUCUCAGGUGAAUAAGUUGAUGCAGACAGAGGAGAGGCAGGAGUUGGCUCUGGACAACGAGGCACAAGUCGGGGAGGAUGGAGUGAAACGUGCUGUGGAUAACGAAGAGGAAGGAGUGAGCUAUAGUUACUCUUUCUUCCACUUCUGCCUCAUUCUUGCUUCUCUUUACAUCAUGAUGACCCUCACCAACUGGUAUCAGCCUGACACAGACUACAAGGCCAUGCAGAGCAUAAUGCCUACAGUGUGGGUGAAGAUCAGCUCUAGCUGGCUGGGCCUGGCACUGUACCUCUGGACUCUUGUGGCUCCUCUGAUCCUCACCAACCGAGACUUCAGCUAGGCAGCAAAAAAAUCAUUCCACUGCAAGUCUGUCUGGCCUUAUCCACAAGCUAAACUCAUACUCGCACCUAGCAUCUCUGUAGUUGUUGAGAAAUAAAAAGUUUAUAGGAAGGAAAUUAAUACCUAUACAUGAUAAUUAUUUGAACAUAAUCUGAUUCUAAAUGACAGAUUGUACACUAUAGACUUCCUUUCUGAUGGCAGGCUAAUUUCUCACAACAAAUUAGCUGUUUUGUAAGAUAACUUGUGAGAUUUUUUAUAGGACAGUGAGAAAAUGCAUACAAAGAAAAAUCCAGGGAAGCCAUUAUCAAUAAAUGGAUUUCCUCUCUUGUCUCAUAUGUGCUGUCUAAUCUUCACUUAAUUCUAAAACUCUAUUAUUAUUAUGGUGUAUGAAGCUCAGAGAAGGACAAUUUGCUUGUUAAUGCACAAACAAUCUGGAAUUGUAGCAUGUAUGAGCUCAACCAGUUAUGCUGUUUUCAUUUUCACCCUGCUCAGUAAUGUCAGGUCAGACCUGCUGUACUGUAUUAAUAAAAUCUCAGAUUUUUUUUUCGAGCACAAUUUGACCAAAGAGAGAGCUUUUAUAUUGAAUGUUGAUCUUUGAAGGAACUGAUGUUACUUGCACUUUACAUGCUAUCCUGCAGAAAAUAUAAAAAAGAUUUUUGCUGUA